UCUCGGAGUCUCACCGGGGCGGAGAAAGUAGGCGUAGCAUGAAAGGAAUAGAGGGCUGGUUUGGGGGCUGCCGUUGCUACACGUGGAUGGAUGUGAAAUGAGUCAAACGGAGUUCUGAUCGCAACGGAUUUCAUCUAUUGAGAAGCCUUACUAAGAAGAUGGUAUAAGAACAAAGAACUGAAGAAUAUGAGGGGGAUAGCCAUGUGAAUAUCUUGGGGAAGAACAUUGCUGACUUGAGCAGAUAUGAAGGCCUUAAGCCUUCCCACCAUGGAUUGCCAAGAAAAUGAGUACUGGGACCAAUGGGGACGGUGUGUUACCUGCCAACAGUGUGGUCCUGGACAGGAGCUCUCCAAGGACUGUGGUUAUGGAGAGGGGGGAGAUGCAUACUGCACAGCCUGCCCUCCCCGCAGGUAUAAAAGCAGCUGGGGCCACCACAGAUGUCAGAGUUGUAUCAACUGUGCUGUUAUCAAUCGUGUCCAGAAAGCCAACUGCACGCCUACCUCUAAUGCUGUCUGUGGGGACUGUCUGCCCAGGUUCUACCGAAAGACACGUAUUGGAGGCCUGCAGGACCAAGAGUGCAUCCCCUGCACGAAGCAGACCCCCACCUCUGAGGUUCAGUGUGCCUUCCAGUUGAGCUUAGUGAAGGCAGAUGCACCCACAGUGCCCCCUCAGGAGGCCACACUUGUUGCACUGGUGAGCAGUCUGCUAGUGGUGUUUACCCUGGCCUUCCUGGGGCUCUUCUUCCUCUACUGCAAGCAAUUCUUCAACAGACAUUGCCAGCGUGUUGCAGGAGGUUCGGUGCAGUUUGAGGCUGACGAGGCCGCAGAGGAAGAAUCUCUCUUCCCCAAGCCACCUGGCCAGGAGACCAGCACAGAGUCCCCAGUGAGUGAAAGCAUCUUUGAGAUCCAGCCACUUAACCCCAUCCUGGAUGACGACUGCAGCUCGACUCGUGGCUUCCCCACACAGGAGUCCUUUACCAUGGCCUCUUGCGCCUCAGAGAGCCACUCCCACUGGGUCCACACCCCCAUCGAAUGCACAGAGUUGGACCUGCAAAAGUUUUCCAGCUCUGCCUCCUAUACUGGAGCUGAGACGUUGGGGGGGAACGCAGACGAAAGCUCUGGAGACAGGCUGGAGCCCAAUGUGCCCUUUGAAGUUGCCAGCCCUUAACUCUACUGAGGUCUCUUGGGCUCCUGGAAGCCUUGUCCCAUCAUUCUCUCUGGACUCUCCUGCCUUGUUCCUAUAGCACAAGAACAGCAGGGACCUGGG